AUGAUACAUCCUGGUUCAUCUAUGAGUAAACAAUCAAAAAUCUUUGCUCUAGGAAGAGGAGGAAUAGCUGGAACAGUAUAAUUGAUGUAGAAAAUAAAAAUAUUUAUUCUAUUUUACAAUUUAUUUUUUUUAAAUAACAUAAUGAAAAAGAUCUUUCAUUGUUGGAUGGUUUUAUUUCAUAUUGAUUAUAGUUUAGUAAAUAAUUUCAAAACUCAAAAACAAUGUAAAAAAUAGAAAUUGGGUUGGAACAGUUGCGCUUUUGGAGAAUGAAUAAUAUAACUUUAUAUUUAGAAAAGUAAGUGAUAAUUAUUCACAUGCUGAACAUAAGUUAAGCCUUGCAUAUGCUUACUAUCGCAAUGGUGAUUACAAGUGCGUAUAUAUAACUAAAUGAUAAAGAAAAGAAAUGAUUAGAACAGUCUGUAGUCUGUUGAAUUAUCAUCUUAAACUGUAAUAAAGUAUCUUAUAGGAUUAAUUAAGCCAAGCUGCUAUUCAUUAUUUAAGAAGAGAUUAUGAUUAAGCAAAUUAUAUUAAAAUAAAAAAAUAUGGGCAAUAGAAGAAUUAACAUUGUUGCUCAUAGAUUAGAGAUAAUAUACUGCUCUUAAUAUUUAUUUGGCAUUGCUUUAUUAUAACAUGCAAUACUAUGAUGUUUCAAUGCAAAUGCUUUCACUAUAUUUAAGCCAAUAUCUAAACAGUAUAACUGCUAGAAAUUUGAAAGCAUGCAAUUUGCUUUAUUUCUAAUGUGGUAAGACAGCAGAGGAGGAGGUCGUGAAAUCUUUACAAUAAGCUUACGAGGGAGAAAACAUGGUUGAAGAUAACGAUUCAUUAAGACACAAUUUAGUUGUGAUAAGAGGAGGAAAUAAUGUAUUAAUCUUUGCCCUCUUUUAAUUGAGAUCCUCCCUUAAGCCAAUUAAAUCCUAUUGUUUACUAUUUAAAAAAAAUUAUAUCUAAGAAGCUUUCAAUCUAGCUAAAGAUCUUUACCCUAAUUUACCAAGAGAAUAUAUUAUAAAUGCAAUUGCAUACUUUAUGAAAGGAUAAUCAAAUGUAGAAUCAAACGAAGCAAUUUAAAACGGCUCAAUAAUUAUUUUAUGA